AUGGCAAGCACCGCGAAGUUGGAGAUCUCACAUCCUCCGCAGCAGGUCACCAAACCUGUCAAGAAGGUGCAUUAUCCCUUCUGGUUUGGUGGCUCUGCGUCAUGCUUUGCGGCUGCGGUUACACAUCCGCUGGAUCUUGAAUAUUUUGCUGUGGGACUGCUGCUAAUACGUGGAAUUACAGUUAAGGUCCGUCUGCAGACCCGGGGGCCUGGUGCGCCCUCGACGAUGGUGGGCACUUUUGCGCAUAUCUUGCGGAAUAAUGGAUUCUUUGGUUUAUAUAAUGGGCUCUCGGCAGCUCUUUUGCGCCAACUCACAUAUUCUACCACUCGCUUUGGAAUAUACGAGGAACUCAAAUCUCGAUUUACCUCGCCAUCGGCACCACCUAGCUUCUUCACCCUUCUUGGAAUGGCUUGCACAUCUGGUAUCCUCGGAGGCAUCGCAGGCAACCCAGCCGACGUCCUCAACGUGCGCAUGCAAUCCGAUGCCGCGCUCCCGCCCGCUCAACGGCGCAAUUACCGCCAUGCCUUUCACGGCCUCGUCCAGAUGACCCGCACCGAGGGUUUCUCUAGUCUCUUCCGCGGCGUGUGGCCCAACUCCACACGCGCCGUCCUGAUGACAUCCUCCCAGCUGGUAUCCUACGAUCUCUUCAAACGCGUGUGCCUUGAGAAGUUCGGCAUGAAGGACAAUGUCGGUACACACUUCACCGCGUCUUUCGCAGCGGGAUUCGUUGCCACGACGGUCUGCAGCCCCGUCGACGUGAUCAAGACUAGGGUCAUGAGCGCUUCUCAUACCGAGACCGGCGGACACAACAUCGUUGGUCUCCUUCGCGAGAUCACUCGCAAGGAGGGCUUUGCUUGGGCUUUCCGCGGUUGGGUGCCCAGUUUUAUUCGAUUGGGCCCGCACACGAUUGCGACAUUCAUUUUCCUUGAGGAGCACAAGAAGCUUUACCGUUACCUGAAGGGGAUUUGA